AUCUUGCGAGAGUAUUUUGGAAGUCGCAGGAAAGCAAAAGAGAAAUGCUUACUCGAGCCAACGACCACUACAUUUUCCACACCAGCUCACUGCGCAGAAUCGUCUGUUGUAGACUUGGCAGAGGCAACUAUGACGAGAAAAAAAAAUCCCGGAAGUCAAUAUCACCCACGGGCACCUCACCGGAAGUAAUGUCUAAUCCCGCCUCAAUCUGUAAUAAAGCCUCAAAUGCCGGAUAUGAUGCAAUGCGUAUUACGGCAUGAAAUAAUACUAAUCUUUAAUAUUUGAUUAUUACAAUAUAUAAAAUACUUCAUUUUGUCUUAAGUUUUUAACAAAACCCCACUGACUUUUUUUAACAAAAUGAAUUUUAUUUGUAUGUUUUAAUUUAAUUUGUCCUUACCAGCCGGAAGUGACAUAUGUCGUUAAUAUGGUUAAUUUGGACCUCAUCUUCCGGAAGUGUGGCUGAAGCGCCUCAACCCCCCCUUUCCCGUCAACUGUUUUUCGUUGUUUUGCUACCUGAUCAAUAAUCAAUCCUGAUUUCGAUCGAUUCCCUAUUGGGGAGUUGGUUUCUACCUCGGUUUUGUUGUGUCUGUGGGCCCUGGGUCCUCAGCGGCCCUAACCCGCGUCUCCGCUCCUGCAGCCGGAAGGAGCUGUGCUUCCCGGCCGAUUGCUGGAUCUUUUUUUUUUUUUACGACUGAAUUUUUUUUCUCUUUUUUUCAAUUUUUUUUUUUCAAAGACAGAAGAUUUAAACCCGGAAGUUUUCCCCGGUCGCACACAAACGGGGAAUGAUGGAAGAUUCUCAUUUCAAUCCUUCGUACUUCUGGUCACCUGUACCGACAGUCCAAGGACAGAUAGACAACGCCAUGUUCAUUAACAAAAUGAAAGAGCAGCUUAUUCCAGAGAAAAGCAGCUUUUCUCAUGGUGGUCCUGCCCACUACCCCACUGCUGUGCUUACUGUGCCAGGUUCGGCUGUUACCAUGGAGACAACCUCUGGGGGUGCAGGAAGAGGAUCAAAACAAGAAAAUCAGUCAAUAGCAGGGCACCUGCACACUCCCCAUACCACCCAAAAUAUCACUGUUGUGCCAGUGCCUUCUACUGGUAUUAUGACGGCAGCUGGUCUUGUGAUCACUACUCCACAAGGAGCAUUGGUUUCCAGCCCUGCCAAUUCAGGUCAGACAUUUUCUGUGGCAGGUGUUGCUGGUCAUCAUACUACCACUAUGAUUGUAUCAGCUCUGCAUCCUUCAUCAAUGCCAACUUCUACAGGAGACAAACAAAAGCAGCAAGUCUCAAAUGAGGAGACAGGGAACUCGACCAGUGCCUCACAAUCCAGCUUACAAACUGGACAGCAGUCCAGUCAAACUCCAACACAAAUGCUGGCAGUACAUCCUGUGCCUCUGGCCACCCCAGGGAAAAGAGGACGCAAGAAGAAACAACUAGGUCGUGGAGGUCUUGCCUCUUCAGUGGUAACAGGGCAUGGACUAACACCUGGUAAUGAAGCCUUGAUCUUAGCACAUCUGGCUGCAGGGGGACAGCAUUCUAGCACUGACCCAUAUGACAUCACUAAUGAGGAUGAUGAUACUGGAACAGGAAAAGAUGGGAACAAAUCCUACCGAUGUCGCAUGUGUGCUGUUACCUUUUUCUCAAAGUCAGAGAUGCAACUACACUCCAAGUCGCACACAGAAACCAAACCUCACAAAUGUCCACAUUGUUCUAAGACAUUUGCCAAUUCUAGCUACCUGGCUCAGCACAUCCGUAUCCACUCUGGUGCCAAGCCUUAUACCUGCUCUUAUUGCCAGAAGUCCUUCCGCCAGCUGUCACAUCUUCAGCAGCAUACAAGAAUCCACACUGGAGACAGGCCUUACAAGUGUGUUCAUCCUGGCUGUGAGAAAGCUUUCACUCAAUUGUCUAAUCUGCAGUCUCAUCGUCGGCAACACAACAAGGAUAAGCCUUUUAAGUGUCACAACUGUCACAGGGCCUACACUGAUUCUGCAUCUUUGGAAGUGCAUCUUGCUACACAUACGGUGAAACAUGCCAAAGUUUACUCUUGUGGGAUGUGCAACCGUGCCUACACAUCAGAAACCUAUUUGAUGAAACACAUGCGGAAACACAAUCCAGACCCUAACUCACAAGUCCAACCCAACCAGUCCAACCAGAACCCCACGCAGCAGCAGGCACAAAAUGCUCAAGGACAGGGACAGAACAAUCCACCACAGUCUCAUUAUGGUCAGCAGAACCAGUCUGAUCCCAAUCCAGGCCAAUGCCCAUUUGACCUUCACCAGUACAAGACAGUGACAGCCCAGGAGCUCCAAUACAAACAAGUCCAGAGCCAGCAGGACCAUCAGCAUAAGGACCUGUGCUUAACUGUGUCCACAUCUGCCAUCCAGGUGGUGGACCACUUGAAUUCCUAAGUAGAAUUGAUGAAAGGGGCAGGUGGGGAGAAUAUGAUAAAAGGUUGUGGCAAAGCUUUGUCUAAACGUUUGCCAUCUGAGAUCCAGCCAGUGGAAAUGUUGACUUUAUACAGAAACAAGAAAUGGAGCGGAUGGAAAAGGGAAAACAGUUAAGAGGCCUAAUGAGCCAUUUGUCUGGCUGUAUUACAAUGGGUGACCCUGCUGCCUAAACUGAAAAUCAAAAGUGAUUAGAGGAGGAAGGAGGAGGAUGGCCAGUUAUUCAAGUGCUUGAACAUCUUGUCUUAAAGGAAGAAUAGAGAAAUGGCAGCUUAGGCCUGUUUGUCGAUCCGCUGUCUACACGUCUGGACAGAUUUGUUUUUUGAACUUUAAAGUCCAUGGUCUAAGGAUGAGCUCAAUAAUAAAAUGGACUAGAUUUCAUUUGCUCCACAAGACGUGCCCACAGCCAUGCGAGGGUGAGGCCCAUGAAUUAUUUCUUAAAGCCCAUCAAGAUACUGAAGGUUCUAACUGAAAUUCAUCAAGGCGGAAAACACUUCCAGAAAGAAUAUGCAUAAUGUAAACGUUCACGUCUGUUAUAUUCCCUUUUUUAUCCCUCCUGUGAUGCAAUAUAUUUAUGGAUCUCAGACACUGUACACAUUACUGAUAAGUCUCCCCAGUGACUGUCAGCUCCAAUGUAUACUAGCAAAUUCUCCCACACUUGGAAUUGGCAUAAUGUGCUUAGACUGAUUCUCUCAAAGAAGGUUGCAUAUACAAUAUGCAGUAUGUUGACUGUUUCUUGCAAACACACACACUCACCACAGCCUUUGCACACAGAUUCGUUAUGCCUGUCUAUAAUGGCUGUAGGUGCUAUGUAAUUAUUGUAACCACAUCUGUCUCUUCGAGCUGCAGGGGCCACUGUGCUGUUAAAUAACCUGUAACUAAUUGUGUGUUGACCUCCAGAUGUUUAUGAUUUCGAAGGGGGCGGGAGGGGGGCAAAGCUUGUUUAUAUUUUAAUUUUUUAUUUGUUACUUCAUCAUUGAUAUUUUAUUCUUCCUCAGUUUAUUUGUAUUUUAAUCUGUUAUCUUCCUCCUGAUGGCUCAAUAAUAAUAACAGUAAUAUUAAUAGUAAUAAUAUUAAUAAUAAUGAACCUUUUCUCUUGUAAAGUACUGGA